ACCCCGUCCCUUCCCUCGCGUGCUCGCGCUUGCCCUCGCAGCCAAUCAGCGUGCGGCUCUCGCGCCAGGUCCGUGCGUCUCGCUCGCGGAGUCACGGAGGAUCAGACGCUCCAUAUUUAGCUGAAGCGAGUCUCGCAGAGGCUCUGAGUGUCAGAGAAACCCUGCGAGAGAAAGAGAGAGAGUUCAACUCCCAACUUAUUUCGUGUCACCGCCGGCGUAAAACGAAGGGAGUACGAGCUAUCGAAAAGCCUCCAAGCGUCGAGUACGGAAUUCAUGGAGGAUCGGGCACUUUCGCGGACUUUUCCCCCUCAGAGAUUGGGUAUGUAGCUUAGCUGGUUAGCCUGGCCCCUAGCAGUAGCAGGCUAGCUGUGUCGAAGAGCGGAGGCGACAUAAAUUGACUUUUACUCGCUGUAACGUCAUAACACCUCAACAAACCGCCUCGGUCUUUCCAAAGAAACAUUUCUGAAGGCGUCGCCAUCACAGAAACAGCGACUCGGGACUGUAUUCAGGGGAACUUCUCGUCUUAGCUGGCUGGCUAGCUGGCCGUCACGUCGAUCUGUCAACCGAACCUGAAAUCCAGACCUGAUAUACGAGCUUCUGGGACACUGGAUUAGGAUCCGUUAAACCGGGAGGAAAAGCUCGCAUUGGGUUAACGGAACCGUAGAGUUUCUGAAGUUCGUCUACUGCGAGCCGGGGACGGAACCGGACAGAGACCUCAUGAAUGGAAAUCGGAACUACAGGAGCCGUUGGGGCCCAGGCCCUGUUCUCCGUGCCUCGGAGGCCUGGCUAUGGCACCGUGGGGAAACCCAUCAAGCUGCUGGCCAACUGCUUCCAGGUGGAGAUCCCAAAGAUGGAUGUCUACCUGUAUGAGGUGGACAUCAAGCCUGAGAAGUGUCCACGCCGUGUGAACAGGGAGGUUGUGGACUCCAUGGUGCAGCACUUUAAAGUCACCAUCUUUGGGGACCGAAGGCCAGUUUAUGAUGGGAAGAAAAGCCUCUACACCGCCAACCCUCUGCCUGUGGCGGCUGCGGGGGUGGAUCUGGACGUUACGCUGCCAGGGGAGGGGGGUAAAGACCGACCCUUUAAAGUCAGUAUUAAGUUCGUGUCCCUGGUGAGCUGGCACCUGUUGCAUGAGGUACUAACCGGUCGCAGUAUGCCAGAGCCGUUGGAGCUGGACAAGCCAAUCAGCACCAACCCAGUUCACGCUGUGGACGUGGUGCUACGCCAUCUACCCUCCAUGAAGUACACACCCGUGGGCCGCUCGUUCUUCUCUGCCCCGGAGGGCUACGACCAUCCUCUGGGUGGAGGAAGAGAGGUCUGGUUCGGAUUCCAUCAGUCUGUUCGGCCGGCCAUGUGGAAGAUGAUGCUCAACAUUGACGUGUCAGCCACGGCUUUCUACAAAGCACAGCCAGUUAUUCAGUUCAUGUGUGAGGUACUGGACAUCCACAACAUCGACGAGCAGCCUCGGCCCCUCACAGACUCCCACCGAGUCAAAUUCACCAAAGAAAUCAAAGGUCUGAAGGUGGAAGUGACACACUGCGGGACCAUGCGGAGGAAGUACCGGGUCUGUAAUGUGACCCGCCGGCCCGCCAGCCACCAAACGUUCCCUUUGCAGUUGGAGAACGGCCAAACUGUAGAACGAACCGUAGCUCAGUAUUUCCGAGAGAAGUACAGCCUGCAGCUCAAGUACCCUCACCUGCCCUGUCUCCAGGUGGGCCAGGAGCAGAAACACACCUACCUGCCCCUGGAGGUGUGUAAUAUUGUAGCAGGGCAGCGGUGCAUCAAGAAACUGACAGAUAAUCAGACGUCCACCAUGAUCAAAGCCACAGCGAGAUCAGCUCCAGACCGACAGGAGGAGAUCAGCAGACUGGUGCGCAGUGCUAACUAUGAAGCAGACCCGUUCGUGCAGGAGUUCCAGUUUAAGGUGCGAGACGAGAUGGCCCACGUGACGGGGCGUGUGUUGCCUGCGCCCAUGCUGCAGUACGGGGGCAGGGUGAGCACAGAGCACUUUAUGAACCGCACUGUAGCCACCCCCAGCCAUGGAGUCUGGGACAUGAGAGGGAAACAGUUCCACACCGGCGUGGAGAUCAAGAUGUGGGCCAUCGCCUGCUUCGCCACACAGAGACAGUGCAGAGAAGAGAUCCUCAAGGGCUUCACGGACCAGCUGCGUAAGAUCUCGAAGGACGCUGGGAUGCCGAUCCAGGGUCAGCCGUGUUUCUGUAAGUACGCACAGGGAGCCGACAGCGUGGAGCCCAUGUUCAGACACCUGAAGAACACUUACUCCGGCCUGCAGCUCAUCAUCGUCAUCCUGCCCGGAAAAACCCCCGUCUACGCCGAGGUCAAGCGUGUGGGAGACACUCUUCUGGGAAUGGCCACUCAGUGUGUUCAGGUGAAGAACGUGGUGAAAACCUCCCCUCAGACGCUCUCCAACCUCUGCCUCAAGAUCAACGUCAAACUCGGCGGCAUCAACAACAUCCUGGUGCCGCAUCAACGGCCGUCAGUGUUUCAGCAGCCAGUCAUCUUUCUGGGGGCGGAUGUGACGCAUCCACCUGCAGGAGACGGGAAGAAACCCUCCAUUGCAGCGGUGGUGGGCAGUAUGGACGCUCAUCCCAGCAGGUACUGUGCCACGGUGCGUGUCCAGAGACCCAGACAGGAAGUGAUUCAGGACCUGGCCUCGAUGGUUCGAGAGUUACUCAUCCAGUUCUACAAGUCCACUCGCUACAAACCCACCAGAAUCAUCUUCUACAGAGACGGCGUGUCUGAGGGCCAGUUUAGACAGGUGUUGUACUAUGAGCUGCUGGCCAUUCGAGAGGCCUGUAUCAGUCUGGAGAAGGAGUACCAGCCCGGCAUCACCUACAUCGUGGUGCAGAAACGCCACCACACGCGUCUCUUCUGUGCCGAUCGCAACGAGAGGGUGGGUCGCAGUGGAAACAUUCCUGCUGGUACGACCGUCGACACUGAUAUCACACACCCCUACGAGUUUGACUUUUACCUCUGCAGUCAUGCUGGAAUACAGGGCACUAGCCGACCCUCCCACUAUCAUGUCCUGUGGGACGACAACUGCUUCACUGCGGAUGAGUUCCAGCUGCUCACUUACCAGCUGUGCCACACAUACGUGCGCUGCACCCGCUCCGUCUCCAUCCCUGCGCCAGCCUACUACGCCCACCUGGUGGCCUUCCGUGCGCGAUACCACCUGGUGGACAAAGAGCACGACAGUGCCGAGGGCAGCCACGUCUCGGGACAGAGUAACGGCCGGGAUCCCCAGGCGCUGGCCAAAGCUGUGCAGAUUCACCACGACACCCUGAGGACCAUGUACUUUGCCUAAGCCAGCUCUUGUCCAUCCCAUGUUCGACUAGUCACGCACACGAUCCCGACAACCGCAUACACACUCCAUCACACCUCCCAAAAGCCUGUGCGUCCCUGUGGGUCGAUCUCUGUGGCGAUGGAAGCGCGGCCUGCCCCGACACUGUGCAGCAGGAUAAGAAAGGCCUGCUUUAAUUCCACACAUGGACCUCAGCACUAUUAUGCAAUAUUAAACCAGCCAACUGAGGCCAUUCUGUCAUAUCCCCUCCAAAACCCAAACCAAAAGGGAAGCGCGUCUAUGUCCCCGCUCCUCUUCCUGUCUGUAGUUCCUAACGUUUAAUUACUUUCCCUGCCUGUCAAGCCUUGUACCUCAACGUUUUCUAAAAGCACUUUUGCCCCUCAUUGUCCUUCCCCCAAAAUGAGAUUGAAAUGGAUUGGAUGGAAAGAUAAGAAAGGAAGUUUUAGGGAACGCCUGCGGAUAGAGUUGCUCACACUAGCAAUGUGUUUUCCUCCCGUUCUCAAUUAUUUUUGUAGCCAAUGGUGACUUAACUCCGUGUUAAAGUGUCAGUCGUGAAGAACCAAUUGUAAAAAUCAUUAGCUUUUAAAACAGAAAACAAGCUUUUAUUGUUAGAGAAGUGCCAUUGCAGAGCGUAAAAAUCCUUUAUGAUGUACCCUGGAUUUUUUGAAGCAAAUUUACGCUCUAGCUUUCAUGUCCUACAGUGCAAAGUGAUCAUGUUUUGAUGCUUUUUCUUGUUUUUAAUACCCAAAUUCCCUCCAAUAUUUAUGUGUUUCGAUCAAACGCAGCUCAUAGCAGAUUGUCUCGUUCGCUUCCCUCCUGCACUUUGCCUCGGUUUAAAAUGUAUAGUCCAUGUUAAGUGACAGAUCAUACAUAGUUUAGUGCAAUAAUCCAUUAGUGUGAUGAGAAUACCUCCUGUGCAAAGACUCGGUGUGCGAUUGGGGGGUUAAAAACAGGCACCCGAAAGCACGCGAUGGGCAUUGCGGUUGGUUUUUAAGAUGGAUGGCACUUUCAUAGUUUAUUUUCGGUGAAAGUACAGCAGCGUAUCCUGACGAUUGACUGUAGUGUGUUAACAAGUGCCUGCGUGAAAUGCAUGAUGUUGGGAGGUCAGAAGCGGAGCAAUCGCACCUCAUUUAGUCCAACCAAUGGCACAGUUGUGACCAUGUUCGACUGUACGGCCUUAACAAAAAAAUCACGCGGUUUCAAUGUCUCGAUUUUCACUGCCCUGCCUGUUUCAAAGGAUUCUGCUGCUGUUGUACUUGUUCGAGUCUGACUGGCGGGUUCAUGCUUCAGUUCGCCUAGACACGAGGGACCGACUGGGCCAUGAGUUCAAAGAGAAGCUUGAAGGAGAAGCACCUGAUUCGUGCUCGUUCUCUGGAGGGCCACUAGGGGUCGGUAUAGCAUUUUACUUGAAGGGUGCUGUGAGUGUCAGGUGCCUUACCGUCUCUCUGUGCGCCAUCUGAAGCAUGACCCGCUGUUUAAAAGUGAUAAUCUGCACUAAAUAAUGCGUUAUGCAUGGUGCUAUUAGGUGCGGCCCGUGGCGGCAUCAGCAACUGGCAAAGACUUAAUGUGUAAGAUGGAACAUGGGAUGCAUAAAUGGUGCUGGUUGCAUGCAUUUCUCUCACUCUGAGGAGAAAUUUCUCAUCAGGACAGACGUUUGGUCGUUUUGUAUGUUUGUUAGAUUUGCAUUUGAUUAUAUUGCGUAGAAAGGUACAGAACUGUGGCCAGUCAGAAUACGAUUACGGUCGACUGCAUGAAGCACUAUAAAGUGGAAGAUUUCAAUUUUUAUUUAAAUAACAAUUUUAGUCCCUUUAAAAUCCAGAAUGCUGUUAAUGCAUUCAAAUAAAUUCUAAAGUCUAAUAGAAUGAAACGAGUGCAGUAGGCUGUUGUGAUGGGUUUUCUGUUUUUAGUUUUUAGUGCAUUAGAGGUCGGACUUGUUAAAGAAGGUACACCGUGUUUUAUGCACAUCAAAGUUGGUUUAAGUGAGCAUCGAUACAGCAGCUACUAAAAUUGCGACUUUUAUUUCACCUUCCCAAAUAAACGGCUUCUCGGUGCUUCAGAGCCUGUGUGUGGAUGCCAAACAGCUGUCAGUUUCAGAAGCAAUCUUGAUGAGGUGUCAUGCAAUUAUAUUUUUUGUGUAGUUUUAACUUCUAAUAUAUAUAUUUUACUAACCCUUGCCUCUUAUUUUGGCAGGAAAUGCCUCUUUAAAGGAAUAGUUUGGUUAUAAAUGUCAUUUUUACUCACUUUACCCACAGUUUUUUCAAACUUGCAUGACUUUUUUUGCUGCACAUGAGAUUUUAGUCAGUUUUAAAAACCGAUAUCUAAUGACCGAUAUUUAAUGAACCGAUAUCUGUGGAUAUUAAAGUUAAGAAAUGGCUUGAAAGCUUGGGAUAUAGAUUAAUUUUGGAGCUUGGUAGUAAAAAUCAGUCCAUUUUU